AUGGCUAUCCCAAAUCGAGAUGUGUUACAUGUCAAGCACAUGCUUGAUGCCCAUGAUGUAGCAGGAGUAGAUAACAUCUCUCUGCCCGAUUCCCUACGGGUUGCUCUGCAGAACCUUUUGGUGUGUGUCAUCUUAUUCUACACUGUUUACUACCCAUCACUGAGCAUGUGCUGCCACUCAGGGGAGUGGCAUGUUGUUUUCAAACAUGAUUUAAAUGUCCUGGCACCAUUUGACUUCAAAACAUGUCCUUCAUGGCUCGACACAAAUUAUAAAGUCCUCUUAGUCUCAACAGAAGUCACCUACUUGUUUUGUGGAUUGCUUUUUGCUCUGAUUGUACAAGAAUGGGUUUGGGAUUAUGCAAUUUCCAUGACUAUACUUCAUGUACUCAUCACAUCAGCUGUUACAUUGGAAUUCCCCUUGAUGUCACAUUGGUGGGCUGCUUUAGGUACAUGAAGGGCUUAAGUUUAGAUCCUCUAAUGCACAAAACAAUGUUAAGUAGAAUAAAUGUUGGAAAUACACUUUA